GGUAUCUUCUUUGCAACUUCGACAUUUGACAGGCGUAUUUGGAGGCACAUUAUAAUUUUUGCGACAAUUAUUGCAAGUAGCUGUCCACAAAGAUCUGUUGUCUCCCAAAUAUUUCAGAUAGCCAGCAACCCAACAACUUACGUAUCUGAUGGAAGCAAUUGCGCGUUGAACGGUGACUAUCUCACUGGAAGAUGGGUAUGGAAACAACUUGUCUGUGUCCUUAUACAUGCCUUCCUCCACAAGCUUCAUAACAGUUGCUUUGUUGUCAGCGUACCUAUUAAAGAGUAUGUGAGAAACAACCAAAAGGUGUGGUGUAAUAUUACAAUUAUUAUAUUGGAAAUUGUGCAAUACGUACCAUUGCUUCAAUCUGUCAGCAGCUACUAUUGGUGGAUUUAUCAUUAA